UUCGGUUGUCUGCCCGCAGAGAUAACCAAGUUUAAUCGUUUUUUAUCUUUUCAUUUAAAAAAAAGACACACAGAAAUUCUGCUUAUAUUCUAAUUAAGAUCCAACGAUUACCUCAGUUAAUUCACAGCACUCCAGUUGAAAGUAUUGUGCAGUUUGGCCCAAAACAACGGAUAGAGCGAGGAAAUGUCUUCAGCAACAGGUGUAGCAGGUGCCGGUGGCAAGUAUUGUUUUGCCAUUGAUCGCGGCGGUACUUUUACGGAUGUUAUGUGCUUAUGUCCGGAUGGUCGGGUGCGUACAUUGAAGUUACUGUCUGAGGAUCCAGCCCGCUACAGUGAUGCACCAAGAGAAGGUAUCCGGCGAAUUCUUAAAGAGGAAACCGGUGUGGACACCACUCCUGAGGGCCUCGUAGAUACCUCACGCAUUGGUUGGGUACGCAUGGGUACAACGGUGGCAACGAAUGCCUUGCUCGAACGUAAAGGUGAUCCGGUUGCCUUGGUGGUAAAUAAAGGAUUUCGAGAUCUACUCUAUAUUGGCAAUCAGGCCAGACCCAAAAUCUUUGAGCUGGACAUUAAAAAACCAUCAAAUCUAUAUAAAACCGUUGUGGAAGUAGAUUGUCGCAUUGUGCCGGUUAUGUCGGAGGAAAAAUGUCAAUUGAAAGGAAAAGAAAGCUGGCGUGUUCUGCAAGGUGCUGGAGAUUCGAGAUAUUUGGAAAUGACACCAGUUGAUGAGUCUGCUGUACGCUUGGCUUUGCAAAAAGUCAAGGCUGAGGGUAUUACCUCGGUGGCAGUGGUCUUGGCCCACAAUUACUCAUGUCCUGAACAUGAACUACAAAUUGGAGCCAUUGCCAAGGAGAUUGGAUUUGAGUAUAUAACAUUAUCACAUCAGGCCAUGCCCAUGUUUAGAUUGGUGCCCCGGGGCUAUACCACAUGUGCCGAGGCCUAUUUGACACCGCAUGUGGAAAGAUAUUUAAAUAGUUUUAAAUCUGGCUUCGAUAAACAAUUGCAGGGUGUGGAGGUGUUGUUCAUGCAAUCGGAUGGUGGUUUAACACAAAUCAACAAAUUUCGUGCCUCCCGGGCCAUUUUAUCCGGUCCAGCUGGUGGUGUUGUGGGCUAUGGCAUAACCGGCUCCCGGGAAACUGAUUUACCCUUGAUUGGUUUUGAUAUGGGCGGUACCUCAACGGAUGUCUCCCGCUAUGCUGGAUCCUAUGAACAUGUUGUGGAGAGCACAACAGCCGGCAUUACGAUACAGGCACCACAAUUAGACAUUAACACAGUGGCAGCUGGUGGUGGUUCGCGAUUAUUCUUCCGUUCGGGUUUAUUUGUGGUUGGACCUGAGAGUGCCGGAGCCCAUCCUGGACCGGCAUGUUAUAAGAAGGGAGGCCCUCUAACUGUUACCGAUGCCAAUUUAAUAUUGGGCCGUUUGAAGCCUGAAUAUUUCCCCAAAAUAUUUGGUCCUCAUGAAAAUGAGCCUUUGGACUAUGAGGCUUCCAAGGUGAAAUUUGAGGAAUUACAAACGGAGAUCAAUAACAGUUUGAAGGAACAGGGAAGCAACAAGCAAAUGUCCCUGGAGGAAAUUGCUUUGGGUUUUAUUCGCGUGGCCAAUGAGGCCAUGUGUAGGCCCAUUAGAGCCUUGACCCAGGCCAGGGGCUUAGAUACUUCCAAACAUGUGCUUAGUUGUUUUGGUGGUGCCGGUGGUCAACAUGCCUGUGCCAUUGCCCGAGAAUUGGGUAUAUCCAAGGUAUUGAUACACAAAUAUGCUGGUAUUCUCUCGGCCUAUGGCAUGGCCUUGGCUGAUGUGGUAAAUGAGGUACAGGAACCCAGUGGUUUGGAGUUUUCAGCCAACAAUGAAUCUUUGCUGAAGAAAAGUUUGGAAAAUCUCAAGGAGAAAUGCCGUUCCAGCCUAAAGGAGCAAGGCUUUGAGGAAAUUGUCUUGGAAUCAUUCUUGCACUUACGUUAUGAGGGCACCGAUUGUGCCUUGAUGUGUACCCAAGCGAAAGAUACCGCCGAUUGGUUGGGAGGUUUCGAAAAAUCCUUCCUGGAUCGUUACCGCACAGAAUUUGGUUUUGUUUUACAAAAUCGUCGCAUUGUUGUGGACGAUAUACGAGUACGGGGUUUGGGUAAAAACAAAACACCACCUGAGCUGGAAAUCGAGGCGGCCAGCAAUGAAAUACCCGCCAAUGAAGGAAUUGCCAUGGUUAGUUUUGAUCAGGGCACAUUGGAGGCCCCAAUUUAUUUGACCCAAAAACUACGCUACAAACACAAGAUCUCGGGCCCGGCCAUAAUUAUAGAUCAGUUGUCUACGAUAUUGGUCGAACCCAAUUGUGAGGCGGUAGUAACUAAAUUUGGGGAUUUGUUGGUUAAUAUCAAAUCCUCGCAGGAUAACAAAGUUGAUGAGAAAUUAGAUGCUGUCCAGCUGAGCAUAUUUAGUCAUCGUUUUAUGAGCAUUGCCGAGCAAAUGGGCAGAGUUCUACAACGCACCUCAAUUUCCACCAACAUCAAGGAAAGACUUGACUUUUCUUGUGCCUUAUUUGGCCCCGAUGGGGGCUUGGUGAGCAAUGCUCCCCACAUUCCCGUGCAUUUGGGUGCCAUGCAAGAAACUGUGCAAUAUCAGCUGAGGGUACGUGGCAAGACCCUGAAGAGUGGUGAUGUAAUUUUGUCCAAUCAUCCACAAGCUGGAGGUUCGCAUCUUCCCGAUUUGACAGUUAUCACCCCGGUGUUCUACAAAGGUCAUGAUACCCCCGUCUUCUUUGUGGCCUCGCGAGGACAUCAUGCCGAUAUUGGCGGCAUAACACCCGGUUCAAUGCCACCCCAUUCCACUUCUUUGGCCCAGGAAGGAGCCUCCUUCAAAUCAUUCCUUAUCGUUGAAAAUGGCACAUUCCAAGAAGAUGAAGUUGUGCGGCGCUUCACCACCCCAACCGCCGCCGAGGGUGCCACCGGUACCCGUAAUCUUUCGGAUAACAUUUCCGAUCUAAAAGCUCAAAUUGCUGCCAAUCAAAAAGGCAUCCAAUUGGUGUCCGAGUUAAUUGAUUCUUAUGGCCUAAAUGUGGUCCAGGCCUAUAUGGGUUAUAUACAACAAAAUGCUGAGGUGGCUGUGCGUGAUAUGCUCAAAGAAAUUGCCAAAAAUACCUACGAUCGUACGGGUGGCUAUGUCCUGGAAGCCGAAGAAUUUAUGGACAAUGGGUCACCCAUUAAACUUAAAGUAAGUCUAGAUCCUGAACAAGGAUCGGCAGUGUGUGAUUUUACCGGUUCUGGUACUGAGGUGUGGGGUAAUUGUAAUGCACCUCGAGCCAUAACACUCUCGGCAUUGAUUUAUUGUUUACGCUGCAUGGUGGGCCAUGAUGUACCGCUGAAUCAGGGCUGUUUGGCACCCAUUCGUGUAGUGAUACCCAAAAAUUCCAUUUUGGAUCCUUCUGAGGGUGCCGCCGUUGUAGGUGGUAAUGUACUGACUUCUCAACGUAUUGUCGAUACGGUACUAAAAGCCUUCCGAGUCUGUGCAGCAUCACAGGGUUGCAUGAACAACAUUACCAUAGGUGAUGAACAAUGGGGUUAUUAUGAAACUGUGGCUGGUGGUGCGGGAGCUGGACCAAAAUGGCAUGGUGCCGGAGGUGUUCAUACCCAUAUGACCAAUACACGCAUUACUGAUCCAGAAAUCAUGGAACUACGUUAUCCCAUGAUCUUGCAACGGUUCUGCCUACGUACCGAUGAAUCGGGUGGUAAGGGUGCCUAUCAGGGUGGUGAAGGUGUGGAACGUCAUAUUUUAUUCCGGAAACCGGUUACAUUAUCUGUUUUGACCGAACGUCGUACCCUGCAGCCAUAUGGUAUGAAUGGUGGUGAACCCGGCAAGAGAGGUUUGAAUCUUUUGCUUAAACCUGAUGGCCGUGUUAUAUCGUUGGGCGGCAAGACAUGCAUUAAUGUUGAUGCUGGGGAUAUCUAUGCCAUGAAAACUCCUGGUGGCGGAGGUUAUGGCCCCAAAUCAUGUGAAAACCAACCAAAGAAUGUUGACGGGUCUCACGAUAUAUCGUUGUUUUUGGAACGUGGCUCCGUCUAUGAAUAUCGUCAAGCCCAGGAAUCCGUUUAAGAAAAAUUGUUGACUUUUUUCGAUUUUAAUUGUUAUAUCAUGUUUUUGAAAAAGAUAUAUUUUAUAAAGUGCAAUACA